UCUCCCCGGGUCCCCAGGCCUGGCAUCACUCUGGCCUCCUACCCCAUCCCGGACCAGCUCGGCCAGGAUGACAUUCCCGGCCUCGGGCCGCCGCCGCCCCCACACAUGCCGCCGCGGGGAGCGGCCCCACAUCUGCGUGACGCCUGCCUCGAGGGGCGGGGUCUCAUUUUUAAAAGGGGAGAGACGCGGCGGCGCCCGCCCCGAGGCCCGACCCGGGUCACAGGGAGGGCUGGUUCGCGCUGCCCACGGCGUCAGCCGCGUUAGCGACACCCUCGAGUCCGCGGCGGGCAGCAUGCAGCUCCUGGUGAAGGUGCCAUCUCUCCCGGAGCGGGGGGAGCUGGACUGCGACAUCUGCUACCGGCCCUUCAACCUCGGGGCCCGCGCGCCUCGCCGCCUGCCCGGCACGGCGCGCGCCCGCUGCGGCCACCGGCUCUGCACCGCCUGCCUGCGCGAGCUGGCGGCCCGCGGCGAGCGCGGCGGAGCGGCCGCGCGCGUGGUGCGCCUCCGCCGCGCCGUCACCUGCCCCUUCUGCCGCGCGCCCACCCCGCUCCCGCGCGGCGGCGUCACCGACAUCCCGGUGGACCCGGACUUGUGGUCGCGGCUGGAGGAAAAGGCGCGGGCUGAUCGUGAACCCGAUGAGGCUGGUAGCCCGGGCCGGGAAGGCGGCGACGCCGACCGGGAGGCCGAGGACGAGGAGGAGGAGAGCGACAAGGGGUCGGGGCCGCGGAGCGCGGGGUGGCGCGCGUUCCGACGGCUCUGGGACCGGAUGCUGUCGCCCGCGCGCCGCUGGCGGCGCCCGCUGCCUAGCAACGUUCUGUACUGUCCGGAGAUCAAGGACUUGGCCCACAUGACUCGCUGCACGCUGUGACCCCGAGGCCGGGGAGCUGAGGCCGAAGGAAGGUGGGAGCUGCAUUCCCAGGGCGAGCUGUGGUACAAGGGGCUGAUGCCAGGCCUACCCCCUCUCCCAUCCCAGGAUUGGCACUGAUGAGGAAGUGCAGCCGAGGGCAGGAGGGAACGCCCUGGAAGGUGUGGAUGCUGAGCUGGGGAGGCUCCUAGACGAAUCGCCCCCAUCUGCUGACUGUGCCAGCCAUGCGUAUGUAGGAUAGAGUGGCCCAGGGAUGAUAAAAACAGUCUGUGUGCCGUGGGAAGAAGGCAGAUUGUUUCCUUAGCUGGGACUUGGCUUUUGUCCAGGGCAACUCCGGUGUGUGGGAGCAACAGGUCCCAUUUUAGCAAUUAUAUGUCAAUGAUUUGAAAAU